AUGGGUGGACCGAUUGCUGUUCUUCACCCGCUCGACCGCGCCGAUGGCUCAGCUUCAUAUAAGUGUCCCUCGACUGGAUCAAACAUCCUAGGAUCGGUAAAUGCCCCCAUCGAGCUCCCUGGGCGUCGUGAUGCCCUGAAGCCAGAAGAGGCCACCAUUGAGGUCUUCGUGAAACCGGGCACCGCUCCUGGCGGAGUUGGCGAGCGAUAUGUGGAGGGCAUUCUCAGAACCGCGUUGGGCCGAGUGAUUCUGGGCCGCGAAAAAGGAUACCCAAGACGAGGGGUUGUUAUCACAUUGGCUAUAGUUGGCGGAGAGAGCGUUGGCAGAGGAGGAUCGUAUCUACCGUUGCUCCCUGCCCUCCUCCACACUGCGACCCUAGCGCUCCUUUCGGCUUCCGUUCCAUUGUCCGUCACACUGUCUGCUACCGUUCUUGCCGUCAACUCCGCCGGCGAAAUCACUCGCGAGCCAUCCGCCAAGGAGGUGACGACUGCCACCUCUCUCCACGUGCUAGCAUUUACAUCGAAAGGGCACUUGUUGCUCAACGAAAGCGAAGGCACAUUUACUUUUGAUACCUGGGACGAUGUUUAUGAGCGCGCUCUGGCUAUUUGCCAUGGAAGUUCCACUUUUGGUUCUGACGGCGACGUGGCCAUGGCCGAGACCACAGAGGGCCAACCACUCGAUGGCAUAGUACGCGAUACCGUUGAAGAUCAUAUCCAUCGCGACUACGCCUGGAAAAUCGACGCGGCUUGA